AUGUCCAUCACUUCUUUACUUUUAGCCGUUACCUCUACAGCUUCUGUUCCUUUAAUUAUAACGUCAAUAACAAAUCUCACAUCAGACGAAAAGCGGGAUCUUCUUUUUAAUGUUGAUGGUAGGGUUUCC